AGUUCCGGCAAGAACGUCAACUCUAAAUUUGUACGAAAUAAAAUUUGCUGACUAAAAUCUUCUAGCGCUCUAAACGACCCAAUAAAAUUGUUUUAAUAUUAUUUAUAUUAAGUAGUUUUGUUUUAAUUCAACAUGCCACGUGGUAAAUACACCAAUCAUAAGGGCCGCAACCGCAAGUUCACCAGCCCCGAGGAAUUGGAAGAACAACGAAAGCAGGAGGAGUUGAAACAAAAAUGGAGAAAGGAGCAUGGAGGAGACGAGAGCUCCAGCGAGGAGGAAUCGGCAGAUAACAAAUCUGGCUCGGGCAGCAGUGACGAAAGUGACUCAGAUGAAGAUCAUCCUACAAAAGCAAAGGGAGUCUCUGGAUUAAUUGAAGUAGAAAAUCCCAACAGAGUGGUAAAGAAGAACAAGAAAUUGUCCAACUUGAACACCUCACUAGGAGAAGGAGAGAAACCUCAGUUAUCUAGACGCGAGCGCGAAGAGAUCGAGCGGCAGCGCGCCGCGGCGGCGUACCAGAAGGCGCACGCUGAGGGCAAGACGGAGCAGGCGCGCGCCGACCUCGCGCGCCUCGCCAUCAUCCGCCAGCAGCGCGAGGAGGCCGCCAAGAAGCGCGAGGCCGAGAAGAAGGCCAAGGACGAGGGGCCCAAGAAGAGGUAGACAAGCAAACUCCAAGUAGGUCGCAUAACUAACAACUUUUGCAAUUAUACAUGCUCAUAAUAUCAAACUCGGUACCUUUCAAUCUCGGUUUCCUGCAGUCCUACAAAGAUUGCAUGAAUUGUAUUUUGAAGACAACAUAAGGCAUGCAUUGUUAUUGAAAAUUGCUGUAUUUUGUCUUUGUAAGUGCGAUGUACGCGAUUAUGCCCCUUUAAUAUGGAAAAUGGCAAAAUAUCCCAUGAGCAAUCAGCUAAAGGAGUCAACACACUUAUCAAUUCGACUCAGGCCACUCGAGACGUAGUUAGAACAUGCUUUCUAAGUGGGCACGGGCUUUUUCUAUUAGAAAAAGUGCUUGUGGGCAGUGUGAAGUCAGAAAUGAUCAAUUAAUGGAUAACUCUUUCUCUCCAUGGCCAAGUGUCUUAUAGCUGAGUCCUUCCUUACUUAUUAAAAAAAUGAUCAUUGUAAUAUUGUAUUGUAGCAGUUGCAGCUGAUGGUGAGCUGAUUCUAGUCGAUAAGUGUGCAGGCUCCCUAAUGUUACGUAAGGAAUUGUCUAAUGAUACUUAUCAUGCAUAAUAUACAUUAUAUUUAUUGACCCUGUUUGAUUCUGGGAGACUGUCGUAACUAUAGUUCCAUUUUAUAUGUAUAAAAUUAAAUUUUCCAUUGUACUUCCAUUUGAAUUUUCAACAAUAUAACAGGAAUAAAAGCAAUAAUUUAGAUUUAUAUAAACCACUAUUUCAUUAUUUGUUAUGCUUCAAAUUUCCCCUUUUGGUGUAGAAGCAAAAGAAAACUUUUAAAAAUCUUCUAAAUUCAUGGACAAAAGUCCUUUUGCACAUGGCCUUUUUGCUAUUUAUAUAUAAAAUAAUCAACUGUGUAACAUGCACUGCCACUCUCAAUCGAGCGACCAAUAGUAUAUAAGGUUUUGCAAACUGCUGAUUACCUCAUGGUCUCAAGAUUCCGUGAAGUAUAUGUUCGCAAUAUAAUUUAUGAUAUGUUUAUCCACCAAAUGGGAGUGUAUUAAGUUUUGUACGUCAAUUGUAUUGUAAAAUUGUGUUGUGUCAAGUCUAACAAUGUUUCAGCGAUUUUGGACUAGUUAUCUGAAAAUGGUGAGAUUUUGUUACUAAGAGUGCACAAGCCAUAUUGGUAUAUUUUAUUUCCUCGUACUAUGUGCAUUGUGAAAUCAUACGCUUGUAACAUUUAUUGUUCGUGUGUUUAUAAUCUGCACGAUUAGUCCAGACUUGCGUGUUUGAAAUAGGGAAGUUUAAAAAAAUAUAUGACAUUAUAUGUUGCAACAAAAAAUGCAAAAAAAAACCAACUUUUAUAAAAUAUUUGCACUUAUCUUUUUGGAAUCUGGAACAUAAACUGUUUUGGUAAGAACUGAUUUCAUGCCAUUCAUUAAUGAAUUUUGCAGUUUUUAAAUAUCAAUUAUGUACCUAUAGUUACAUUUUAUUGUUGAUUCUAACAUUCAUAUAGUUUGUGUACUCUUUCAUAUAAUUAUUGUAAAAUUAAGGUGUUACGAUAUUUAAUAGAUAUUGUGUACAUUGAGGGUACGUUAUAUUUAUCUAUAUUUACAAAUCCACCAGAUAGCAACUAUGUAUGAAAUGGCUUAGGUCUAAUUUAUUAGAUAGUCUUACUAGACAAUUUUAUAUGCGAAUGUGUAUAUCUAUACAAUAAAUUGAAAAUUAUGAAA